AUGGACAGCCCAACCAGAGAGAGCAACAUCUUCGUCCACGACGUGGUCAUCGUAGGGGCUGGCCCUUGCGGCCUCGCAGUUGCUGCUCGUCUGUGCGAGCACACCCCCUCUGCAAUCUUCACUGACGAAGAGCAUCAGCGCUACCAUUGGAUUCGCAAGCAUGGAGCAAGAAUGAGCAUCAAGAACAGGAAGAACGGCCAAGUCUCGCAGGCUGCUCCCCGACUUGGACGACGAUACUCUACUUUGGUGCUUGACGCAACCGGCGAUCAGUGGCUAAGCCGGUGGAACAAGCUGUUCAAGACGUUCGAGAUCACAAACUUGCGGAGUCCCAUGUUCUUCCAUGUCGACCCCGGAGACAGGGACGGUCUGCUGGCAUACGCUCACGAACAGCACCGGGAGAACGAACUUGUGGAGAUCAGGGAGUGCGUUGGCAAAGAGAUCAGUAAACAUCUCAGGAAGCAGAGGGCCAAAUCUCGCAAGGCCCACUCCGAAGUCGUCGUUGACGAACGCGACCGCAAAGACUACUUCACACCUUCUCGCCCUUUGUUCUCAGAACAUUGCGAAUGCAUAGUCGAUCGGUACGGCCUCCGCGAUGGUUUGAUCAAGCAGGAACAAGUCCAGGAUAUCGAAUAUGGUUACGUUCGCGACGUCUCGGACAUAGAUAAGGUUUUCACACUUCGGACCAACAACGGAGUGCACCAUGCUAGGGUAGUUGUCCUUGCAGUAGGGCCUGCCAAUGCUCCAAGCAUCCCGGGCAUCAAUCCUGAGCAGGGUUGCCCACAGAUGUGUCACACCAUGCAGAUCCAGCAGUUCCCUGAUCCCGUCGUCGCGGCAAAGCUCAAGGCUAAAGAGCAGACCAACUUGUUGGUGGUCGGUGGUGGUCUGACCUCUGCCCAGAUCUCGGACAUGGCGGUUCGAAAGGGUAUCACGAAAGUCUGGCAUUUGAUGCGAGGCCCAUGCAAGGUCAAGCCGUUCGAUGUGGACCUGGCUUGGUUGGGCAAGUUUAGGAAUAUCGAGCAAGCUGCCUUCUGGUCUGCCGACACGGACGAGGAACGUCUUGAGCAGAUCAAAUCGGCCCGUGGUGGAGGCAGCAUCACCCCGAUCUUCCAAAAGAUUCUCAAAAAGCACAUAGCUCGCGGGACUGUUUCGCUUCACACGGACACGGUCAUCAAGAGCAAGUCGUACAAUGCUUCCACUCAGACCUGGACGGUCGACACUGAACCUCCAAUACCUGAGCUUCCACCGAUUGAUUACAUUUACUUCGCCACGGGCAUCCAGACGGACUUCACGACCUUGCCGCUCCUCAAGUCAAUGAAUAGGGACUACCCUAUCCAUGGGCACGGAGGACUGCCGUGUCUGAAUGAUGACCUCAUGUGGAAGGAUGAAGUGCCCCUGUUUGUCACUGGCAGAUUGGCCAGUCUGCGACUUGGCCCGGCUGCACCUAAUCUCGCAGGAGCACGUGUCGGAGCAGAGCGCAUAGCUUGGAGCAUUGACGACGUGCUGGCGAAGAGUCCCGAACAUGCGGAGGGGAAUGAUGAGACGCUCGACUACGCCAGUGCAAGAGGGAACAGAAGCACCGCGCCCUCCUCCUCAUCCCUCCGCCGCCCGUUCUCGCUCGCCUCCCGCACCGCGCAACAAUCACGGUCGCCAUCGCAAUCCGAAGCACCCACGUCGCCCGCCAGGCUCGACUACCCCCUCGGCGCGCAGCAGGCGCAGCACACAGCGCCCGGCAAUGCCUACGCCAGCGCGUCGGCGGGCGGGCCGUCUCACGCGACCAUGAGCCAGGUCAUCGCGCAGGGCCUGCACGGGCGCGCCGGCGACAGCACCGAGACGUACGUCGCGUACGGCGGCACCGAGAUGCUGUUCCGUGAGUGCGCGCGGCAGGCCGACUACCGCGUCGAGAAGGAUGCCGAGGGCGAUGCGCCGAAGACGGCGAAGGGAGAGGAUCUGGGCGUUGGGGAGGGGUGGUGGUAUGAAGGACUGGGUCUUACGCCGACUUUCAACACCUGGGCGCAGAUAACGUUCCUUCACAUGUACAUUUUGACGACGCAUAUCAGGAAAUUCCCAAAGGAGCACGCGCCGGCGUGGCAUCAGCACCUGCUCGACCACUUCUUCUACGAGGCGGAGAACCGUAUGGUCAUAUAUCACAACAUGCAGGCGCGAGGCAUCCGCAACAGGUACCUGCAAGACCUGUUCAUUCAAUGGCGCGGCGUCAUGGCUGCGUACGAUGAGGGUCUGGUGAAGGGCGACGCUGUGCUGGCGGCGGCGCUGUGGAGGAAUAUCUGGAAGGCAGAGGAGAUCAACGCUACUGGACUCGCUGCCGUAGUGAGCUACCUGCGGAGGGAAAUUAAUAGGUUGGAGCAAAUCACAAUCUCGGACUUCACUAGUGGUCAAAUCACUUUUGGUGGCCCCGAGCAAGAGGAGGCGGUUGUAGCGGAAGAAAGCCCUCAGAUAUCGGAGCCGUUUACGGCUACGGAGUCUGAGCAUACGGAGGAAGCCAAAAAUUAG